UUGAUAUCGAUAGUCAACCAACCAUCUGCACGUGCAUAUUCAAAGGGUGCCCAACUGAUAUUGUUUAUGCUAAAUUACAAUAGUGAUUGGUGACAACAUGAACUAUUUCGAGAUACAGGAGUUGCCCGGCAAAGGGCGUGCUAUGAUAGCAACAAAGAACUUUGCAGUCGAUGAGGUCAUCUUUGAGGAGGAACCAUUCGUGUCGCAUCAGUUCUCAUGGAACAAAGCCUACGGCUAUGCAGCUUGCGAUCAUUGCAUGCGACCGCUGGAGACAUUGCUGGAAAACGUUCGACGUUUGGCCAACAACCAGGCAGUCAUGGUGCCCUUGGUCGAGCAUGAUCCCACAGCUGCUUGGUUCUCUCAAUUCACGCAGUGUCCCCGCUGCAAAGUGCGGUACUGCUCUGAGGAUUGCUUGGUGGAGGCGCAGAAGCGCUAUCAUCGAGUAAGUUGCAUGGGCGCCUUCCGGACGGACGAUACACAUCCCAUUAAUGUGCUGAACGAGACGUGGAAGAAGAUGCACUAUCCGCCAGAGACGGGCACAAUCAUGCUGAUUGUUCGCUUGAUGGCCAUGUAUCAACAGAGCAGCAAUAAGGCGGACUUUUUGGAUCAGCUCCAAUCAUUUCAAGCGCUGAUUGUCAAUCGCGAGCAGAAAAUAUACCACAAGAUGCUGGGCGAGAACUUUGAGCAGCAAAUGGAGCAACUGUAUGUAGCCUUUUGCAAUGCAUUCAAGAGCGAGGAGUUUGCAAUGUUUACUACACCGGAUGCCUUCAAGACCCUGAUGGGUAUAUUGGGCACGAAUAGCCAAGGCAUUGCCACCAGCGUUUUGGCCCAGUGGGUUAACAAAGUUUCCGAGUUACCGCUGCCUGAAGCGGAGAAGGAAAGUCUGGAUAAGGUGAUCGAUCAAAUCUAUGAGAAAGUGGGAGAGUUUGCUGGCGAAUUCCUAAACAACGAGGGUUCUGGCUUGUACAUUCUACAGAGCAAAGUCAACCACAGCUGUGUACCCAAUGCCCAGUCCACGUUUCCCUACUCCAACGACAUUGUCGUACUGAAAGCUGUGGCCCCCAUACAAAAAGGAGAAGAGAUAUGCAUUUCCUAUUUGGAUGAGUGCCAGCUGGAGCGCAGUCGCCAUUCCAGGCAUAAAAUAUUACGCGAAAACUAUAUAUUCGUUUGUCAGUGUCCCAAGUGCAGAGCACAGGCCUCUGAUCCGGAUGUUACCAGCGACGAAGAAGACGACGAUGAGGACAUGGACGACUGCGAUGACGAUGAUAUGCAAUAGGUCUAAAAAUUUUUUAAAUUAGAUUUUAAACUGUAUACUCUGCAUGUGAGUACGAUUGUAUAAAGA